AUGAGAUAUUAUAAGAUAAGUACAGGAAGUCGUGUGGAUGUGACCAUCACACAGCUGAGAAAAGCUGACUCUGGACAUUAUUGGUGUGGUUUGGACAAUUACUGGGGGGGUCCAUACCAGAAGAUUAAGAUCACCGUCACAGAUGCUCCGCCCCCUUCAAAACCAAAGUUGACUGGCAGACCUGCACCACCACCACCACCAACAACAACAACAACAACAAAAACAACGACACAGAGUUUCAGAAGAAGCUCCGCAUCUUCAUCAUCCUCUACUAAAACUACCAACCAGUCUGAACAGAAGCAAACUGAGCCAACAACAGAUGGAGGUUCAGGUGUGCCGCUGUACGUGGGUCUGACUCUGUUCUUCUUCAUGCUCCUGUUCUCCGUGGCUGUGCUGAUACUCUGCAAGAAAAGAGCCUCUAAACCCAAAGAACAUCCUGAGGAAACAGUGUAUGCUAAUGUCACAGAGACCAGCCGAGAGGAGAUCAGAGAGAGCGACGGACAGAGCAGAUCUGCUCCUGUGGAAAACUCAGCUGACUACAGCGUCAUCACUGCUGCAGCAUCCCGUCCUCUGAGUAAACCUGAAGACGACUCGAUUGAACUCGUCUACACUCAGGUAGAUUUUUCCAACAGAGCAGCCUCCUCACUCAGCAGCGCCCCCUCUGGUCAGGCCGAUAACGUUAUCUACUCUGCGCCUCAGAGACGUACUGAUGCCAAAGUAGAUUCACAGCCUCUGUACUCAACUGUUACUCCACGGCAGAAGCUUUAA